AUGGAAGACUAUUCAGUGAUCAUUGUCGGUGGUGGGCUCUCGGGUCUUGUUGCUGCGUACGAACUGUCAAAACGCAAUGUCCGCACCGUAAUCGUCGACCAAGAGGGCGAAGUCAGCCUUGGUGGGCAGGCGUUCUGGUCGCUAGGUGGUAUAUUUUGCGUUGACUCAAAGGAUCAGCGUAAGUUUGGGGUGAAGGACAGCCGAGACUUGGCUAUGGGAGAUUGGAUGAACUCGGCUGGCUUUGACCGUGAGAAGGAGGACCAUUGGCCGCGAAAAUGGGCAGAAGCCUUCGUCAACUUUGCUACGGAUGAGAUGGAGAGCUACGUCAAGUCUCUGGGUCUGACGUUCCUUGAAGUUGGCUGGGCCGAACGGGGUGCUGGCUCGGCGAAUGGCCAUGGCAACUCUGUUCCUCGUUUCCAUCUGACCUGGGGAACCGGGCCUGAAGUCGUACGAAUUUUUGCGGAACCUGUAAAGGCAGCUGCAAAAAAGGGGUUGAUCAAGUUCCUCUUUCGCUAUAAGGUUGACGAGCUGAUUGUCGAUGACAAUACAGGUGCGGCCGUAGGUAUUCGAGGUCAAAUUCUUGAACCUACAAACACAGAGCGUGGGGUCGCAUCAUCUCGGGUAUCAGUAGGUUCAUUUGCGAUAUACGGAAAAGCAAUCUUGAUUGCCUCAGGCGGGAUAGGAGGAAAUGUGGAGGCGGUAAAGAAACACUGGCCAGUGGAUCGACUAGGGCCCAAGGUCCCCCAGUCCUUUGUUAUUGGAGUUCCUGCGCAUGUCGAUGGGCGCAUGAUUGAUAUCGCCCAGGACGCUGGAGCCCACGUUGUCAAUUCUGAUCGCAUGUGGCAUUAUACCGAGGGUCUGGCUAAUUGGAAUCCCAUUUGGCCCAACCAUGGUAUCCGUGUUCUCCCAGGCCCAUCUUCUUUAUGGCUGGAUGCUACUGGCAAGCGCUUGCCUCCGUUCCUUUACCCUGGUUGUGACACUCUGGCUACUUUGAAAUAUAUAUGCUCCACAGGCUACGAUUAUACAUGGUUCAUCCUUGAUAGGGCUAUCAUUUCCAGAGAAUUUGGUCUCUCCGGCUCAGAGCAAAAUCCUGACAUCACUGGCAAAAGUGUUUGGCUGCUUCUCCAGAGAGUCUUUGGGCGUUAUGGUACGAGCCCGGUCCAAAAAUUUAUGGAAAACGGAGCUGACUUUGUCAUGACAAACGCGUACUCAAAGGAUGCCCAGGUGAUGAUGAUUCAUAACGCGCGCAAUUACUGGCCUGAAUGGCUUGCUCGCAUCUCUAAACCUCAUAAACUCCUUGGUGACAAGGCCAACGGUCCACUGAUUGCUGUGCGGUUGAAUCUUCUUACGAGAAAGACCCUUGGUGGUCUAGAGACUGACUUGAACGGAAAUGUUGUGCGUCCUGAUGGGACGCUGUUCCCCAAUCUCUAUGCUGCUGGCGAAGCCUCAGGUUUUGGCGGAGGUGUUAAAAGACACGACCAGAGUACUGUUUUCCUGAAGGAACUGAUUGAUCAGAGUCGUGAGAAAUAUGGCCUUCUCUACAAUGGGAACCGGCAUAAUCAUGUUGCCCAUGGGUUAUCAGCAGCGUACCAGCUUGGAUGUACUAUGGAUCAACUCAAGGCUUUGUACUCAGAGAAUGAAAAGGAUUUAAUGCCCUGGAACGGCAGGAAAACCAACCGAAUCGUCAGUGACGAUGACAUCGAGAACCAUCUAGGGGACCUCAGUUACGAAGGCGACUUCGUUACUUUCUUUGAAAGCAAGAGCCGCCAACUAAGAGCACUCAAGCAAUCUGUCCUACAAUUCUGGCUACUGGAAAGAUCAAAACCCCUUCUUGCCGGUCUCAUCGGCGGGKAUGGACAUCCAUUGAUACUACUAGCCGAUGCGGUGGAGCUCGGUAGCAGCAAUCUGGCCCUCGAUGCUCUCGCAUUGACCGCAGUAGACUGGAACACAAUGGCUAGUGUGGUCAGUCUGCCUUUCAAAAACGACGAAAUAUACCAGCCUGGGUCUCUGCUCGAUGUGCUUGACAGAAUCCGGCGCGACCACACCUUCGACGGGCUCAUUUCAGGGCAAGGUAUCCAGCACAUCGGCACCAUUUUGUCAUCCCCUACUGCAUCUGUUACCGUGAUACAGUACUAUCACCUGGGUUGUGCUUACCUGCUUCAAAACUCCGAUAUUAAAAACACCUAUAUAACAUCAGAAAUUAUUUCCCUUGCUGUUGAUCUUCUGGUUGCUACCCAUGCUCCCGGCCGCCCAGCGUUUGACUUCUAUCUUGCCCACAAUCUAACCUUUGUCAACUGCCUAAGGAUUCUUCGGCCCGCAUGUACGGAUGGCGAAGCAAGUCAUAUGCUGAUUCGAAUAUACUGGCUGCUCACCAUACUAGCGUUCAUUACACAGGGACGACCAGUGCUUUCUAGAAAUCUCGUACCUGAUAUUGAAGGUGCGGAGAAACCGCUCAAAAGCUGGGACGAGAUAAAAACCGCUGCUCUAAGCAAAAGAGACGGACUUGGUCAAAGGCAGAAGGAUCCUCAUUUUCUCAAGGCGGUGCAGAUCCUUACACAGCUAGGUCCAGGAUAUAAGGAUAUUGAGCCUUUGUUGCUGAGCGCUGCAAAUAAGUUGGUCGAGGAAUUUGAGGACUGGUCCGGUUUUGGAGUUUGA